UCUAACUUACGCAAUCAUGGCUUCCGAUAUUGCUGAACAUGUGGUGGUGGAUUCGGCUGCGUUUAUCAAAAAUGCACAGUUACAGGACAUUGCCAAACAUGUCUAUACAAUCCAAGAUGUGGUGCGCGAGAUCAGAGAUUAUGAAACAAAGAAGAGGUUGUCCAUUGCACCAUAUGAAAUUAUAUUCCGAGAACCACCACCAGACUGUGUCCGAUUUGUUACACAGUUUGCGAAGAAGACUGGUGAUUAUCCAAGCUUAUCUGCAGUUGAUAUUAGAAUAAUGGCUUUGACUUAUCAAUUAACAAAGGAACAUGUAGGAUUAGAUCAUAUCAAACAAGAACCAGUGAUGCAG